AUGGCUCCGUCGGCCCAAGCUGCCACGACGGCCGCGGUCAGCCGCGUCUCCGCCGAGUAUCGCGAGCUUGAGAAGUCCGAGCCUCUCCUACAGGAGAACUCUCAGCGCUGGGUGAUGUUUCCCAUAAUGCACCACGACAUCUGGGAGAUGUAUAAGAAACACGAGGCAUCUUUCUGGACGGCGGAAGAGAUCGACCUCUCGCAGGACCUUCGGGAUUGGGAGACUCUGGCAGACAGCGAGAGGCACUUCAUCAAGCACGUGCUGGCGUUCUUCGCCGCCUCGGACGGGAUCGUGUUGGAGAACUUGGCCGCCCAGUUCACCACAGAAGUCCAGUCUCCAGAGGCGCGUGCUUUUUACGGCUUCCAGAUGGCCAUGGAGAACAUCCAUUCCGAAACGUACUCCCUCCUGAUCGAGCAGUACAUCAGGGACCCAGCUGAAAAGGAGAUGGUCUUCGAUGCGAUCCACACAAUGCCAGCGAUCCAGAAGAAGGCCGAAUGGGCAGUGCAGUGGAUGAACCACGAGAACAGCUUCGCCGAGCGGCUCGUUGCCUUUGCGGCCGUGGAGGGCAUCGAAGACGCCUACGCGGCUCGUUCUGCGCGAUCUAUUGGCUGA